AUGGGUGCAAUGGAUUUGAGCAAUAAUGGCAAGUUAAUACUUAUAUUCAUAGGCUCUGUUUUGUAUACUUUUUCAGUGUUGUGUAAUCUAGCUUUGCUUUUGGUCAUAGCUGUUAACAAAAGUCUACAUGAACCUAUGUACAUGUUGCUUUGCCAUUUAAUAAUCAACGACUUGAUAGGCAUCAGUGCCAUGAUUCCCAAGGUGUUGUCCGAAAUAAUGUCUGAAUUCAGAUAUACCAGUUUCUUAGCUUGCCUUGGUCAAGCAUUCUGCCUUCACAUAUACGGAGGGGCCACACUCUUUAUAUUGUCUGUAAUGGCUUUAGAUCGAUAUGUAGCUAUCUGCUAUCCUUUAAGAUACCACACUAUUUUGACAAAGGACAUUGUUGGAAACCUAAUUGCUUGUGUUUGGUUGGCUGACUUUACACUAAUAACUGUCUUGUUAGGACUUAUGUUGCGGUUUCCGUUCUGUAGAACUAUUUUAGUGAAUGUCUACUGUGACAAUGUUACCCUCUUACAAGCAACGUGUGCAACCGAUACAAGCGUGAACAAUAUCUACGGCUUAUUCAUCUCUGGAGUGUACCAUGGUAUUGGUUUGUUGUGUGUUGUAUAUUCCUACUCAUGGAUCAUCUACACUUGCUUUAAAAACAAAGACCCAGGGGCUAAAUUAAAGGCUAUAAACACGUGUGGCACUCAUUUGCUUGUUUUUCUCAUUUAUGAAAUCACAGGGAUGUUUACUAUCUUAGUGUAUAGGUUUCAAGGUAGUCCGCGCCUGCUUCAGCAGUUGAUGGGGAUGCUAUUUGCAGUGGUUUCUCCGAGCCUCAAUCCACUGAUAUAUGGGAUUAAAAGUAAAGAGAUUAAAGUAAAACUGAAACAACUCUUCUUUCAGUUACCUGGGACAGGUGGCCUGAAAGUUCAAGUAAACACUGUCUCAAUGUAA